CGCGCGCGCCCAUGAACUGCACAUGCGCAGUCCAACGCCGGCGAUUUGUUCAUCCCCAUCAUCAGAAACCAUGGAGUCUUACGAUGUAAUUGCCAACCAGCCAGUGGUGAUCGAUAACGGAUCAGGAGUCAUAAAGGCAGGCUUUGCGGGCGAUCAAAUUCCAAAGUACUGCUUUCCAAAUUAUGUUGGGCGGCCAAAACAUGUGCGAGUCAUGGCAGGAGCCUUGGAGGGAGAUAUUUUUAUUGGUCCAAAAGCAGAGGAGCACAGGGGCUUGCUUACAGUCCGUUACCCUAUGGAACAUGGAAUUGUUAAAGACUGGAAUGAUAUGGAGCGAAUUUGGCAGUAUGUUUAUUCCAAGGACCAGCUUCAGACAUUUUCAGAAGAGCACCCCGUAUUGCUAACUGAGGCCCCCCUCAAUCCACGGAAGAAUAGAGAACGGGCAGCUGAAGUCUUCUUUGAAACUUUUAAUGUUCCAGCUCUGUUUAUAUCAAUGCAGGCAGUGCUUAGUCUGUAUGCAACAGGAAGGACAACUGGAGUAGUCUUAGAUUCUGGAGAUGGUGUCACCCACGCAGUUCCUAUUUAUGAAGGUUUUGCCAUGCCCCACUCCAUCAUGAGGAUUGAUAUUGCUGGUCGGGAUGUCUCUCGCUACCUGAGGCUAUACCUCCGCAAAGAGGGCUAUGAUUUCCAUACGUCUUCUGAGUUUGAAAUUGUGAAGACUAUCAAAGAGCGUGCCUGUUUCCUAUCCAUCAACCCACAAAAGGAUGAGACAUUAGAUACAGAAAAAGCACAAUAUACUUUACCAGACGGAAGCACAAUUGAGAUUGGACCAGCCCGGUUCCGAGCUCCUGAGCUGCUUUUUAGACCCGAUCUGAUAGGAGAGGAGUGUGAAGGCAUCCAUGAGGUGCUUGUGUUUGCCAUCCAGAAAUCGGAUAUGGAUUUGCGGAGAACACUCUUUGCCAACAUUGUCCUCUCUGGAGGAUCCACACUUUUCAGAGGAUUUGGGGACCGACUACUGAGUGAAGUAAAGAAACUUGCACCAAAAGAUGUAAAAAUCAAAAUUUCAGCGCCUCAAGAGAGGUUGUAUUCAACAUGGAUUGGUGGCUCUAUCUUGGCCUCCCUGGAUACCUUCAAAAAAAUGUGGAUUUCUAAAAAGGAGUAUGAAGAAGAUGGUGCCAGAGCAAUCCAGAGGAAAACUUUCUAAGUGCCAGAAGGUGCGGCCUGUUCCUUGAACUAAGCAUCUCCAAAGGGGGGCACGCUUGUCUGAGAGCUGGUGUGUGGCUGACUGUGUAUGAGAGAGAAAGGGCGAAAGUGAGAGAGAGAGAGAGAGAGAGCGAGUAAAAGAAGUAAAGGAAGGCAUGGAAGAGCUCAGCAGAGUGAAGAAGAUCUCCUCAAAAAAGAAAUAUAACACAAAAAAAAGUGAAGCCAUUGAUGACUAGCCUGGUCCCGUCCAUUUUUCUACGGCCUACCUCUAAGGCUGUUGUGAUCAUCUGUUGGUCUGUCGGGAGUACAUUUCUGCUACUGUUUUUCUUUGUACCAAAUAGACCACGUCAGGUUAUCUGAAAGUGCCCCUUGUCAAAACAGGAUGUUGCAGUGACGUUCUGCUCACGUUCUUCUCUCCAGCAAUGUGUUCAUUUCUAACUAACUAAGUGAUUAACUCAUUGGAAAAGAAAAAUGUCACCAUUUAGUGAGUUUUUUUUCAGAAAUGAAGAAACACCACACGAAGAGUGGACUUCAACAUGCGUCUAUGACCGCCACAGGCCUCUCUGCUUGCUUGCUUGCUAUCCAUCUGCCACUCAUGGAUCCCAUGUGACCAGAAUUUAUGACACUGGAGUCUUUAUUUCCAUCUGUAGGUAUUCUUGGGUAAAUUUUAGAAAUAUUUAGAAACACAAAGGAAGCUUUCAGUGUACUGCCUUGAGACGCAGCUUGUCGUUAUUUUUCAAGACAGUGCAAAAUUGUCAAACCGCUGUACAGUGGAACCAUUACAGCCCACAUUCAACUUGUGGAUUUCAAGAUCAGCAGGGUAGGGUAUGCCUUUUUGUAUCAAUUGUUUGGUUGCUCGGGUCUGGAUGCUGUCAUUUACAUUAGCCCCUCACACAGCCUCCAUAUUUGAGGUGCUUCCAAGGAUGACAUGUGAUGUUCCUGAUUAGAAUGGCCCACUGUGUUUGGUAACUCUAGGCUAUGUAAUAAUUUACAUUUUUUACUAUUCCAUUUGUAUGGUGACCCCUUUUCGUGAUUAAGCAGGCAUAGGAGAACAGCAGAUUAUAGCAAUGCAAGCUGUACAUUGGGGAGCAAACAAAUACAAGUUCUGGAAAGAAAUCUUGUAAUAAAAAAAACUGAUAACCCCACCCCCCCCACCCCCGCCCCAAAGCUGGACGGUAGUGAGGAAUCUUUGCUCGGCAGGGUACUGGAAUGCUGGCUGACAUUUCUAUUGCAUCUUUGAGUAAAUAAUCUCCACAGAGGGUGGGUUGGCCGUCUGUUCUCUGCUGCUGGCCUGUGCAGAAUCCCACUUCCCUUGGCAGCAUUGCCACCUGGUGGCCAACAAAGAGAAUGCGCAAGAAUUGCCCAGAAGUAUCUGGUUAGUUUACAGCAGGGGUCCUCAAUCAUGAUCCUGGAGGGCUGCAGUGGCUACAGAUUUUCAUUCUAGCUAGUUUCCUAAUCCUUGCUGAUAAUGAAACUUGAUAUUUAACUCGAUGUCUUGUUAGUGCUUUCAUUGAUCAAAGACAAAUUUUAGUUACAUUGUAGUACUAGGGUGUUGUACCAUGUUAGCCAUUAUGAAUGUAGAGAAAAGCCAAGCAAAAUGACACUUUUUAUUAGCUAACUAAAAAGAUUACAAUAUGCAAGCUUUCGAGGCAACUCAGGCCCCUUCUUCAGGCAAGAUGAUUGUAGAUUAGGGGGUCCUUAAUUAUAGUCCUGGAGGUCCACAGUGGCUGCAGGUUUUCACUUCAAGCAGUUUCUUGAAUAGAACCCAUUUAUUUACUACUACAGCAAUAUGUUUUUUGGGCUCAGUUUUAGUUAUCUUGCCUGUUACCAUUCUACUUUAAUUUUUAGUGACUGCAUUUAAGUUUUAAUUGUUGCCUGUUUUCUUAACCACACAUUAGUUAAUAAUGAAAUGCAGCUAACCAAUAAACCAGCAGUUCUUCAUUUUAAACCUGUGCAUAUGCACCAUG